UUAUUCUGCCUUCAACCGAGCCUGCUUUCGACUCCGGUCUUCAGUUGCAAGCGAACGAUAAAAACAUUCGAACCGUAGUCGUCCGUCGGUCGCGUUCAGGUUCAGCUUUAUUCGCCAAGUCGCAUUAGAUACUCUCGGAGCAGAAGGGACAGAGAGCGAGGGUUAAGGAGUACAACCACCCACGAUGACCAUCCUCACGAAGCCCUUUGGGGACGCCAAGAAGCCGGAGAAGACCGUCCUGCCCCUGGUGGGAGAUCCCGCGGGAGUUGGGGCCGUGCCCAGUGCGCCAUCUGAUGGCCCGCACGACGAUGAGUCGGCCGCAUCGAGCAUUAUUCUGAUCCGCCGGGCGCGCCGUUACUCGUCGGCCACCACAUACAUCCUGUUCCUGAUUGCGCUGUUGAUUACGUCGCUCGGAAUUAUCGCCGGAGUGUUCUACUACCGUCAGAUGUCGCACGCCCGGAGCCACAUGCGGUUCCAUGGCUUCUGCCAGAUCCCGUACGACUCGACCAACGUCAACGACAACAACGUCAUGUUCAUGAACUCGAUGCUGCGCGACGACAGCGACGACGGACUGUUCAACGCCGCCCUGAACCGGCUCGGCCGCUUCGACAAGUGGCCCAUGGAGAGCAGCAGCAACAGUGAGAGCCAGGCCGAACCCGACAACGACAACGUGGCCGACCAGUUCUUCAAGGAGGAAUUCGAGCUGGGACUGUCCGACGACGAGAACUACUCCAAGAUCGAUGUGCCCGUGUUCCGAGGCCAGCGCCAGGGCCGUUUCCUGCACGACUUCAAGUUCAACCAGUCCGGCAUUAUCGACAAGGACAGCGGCCGCUGCUUCCUGAUGCCGCUGGAUCGGGAGACGGUGCUGCCGCCCAAGUCGCUGCGCGAUCUGAUCGAGAAGAUGUGGAACGGCUACUACAACAUCAACACCAACACCGUGCGCAAGAACAUGCGGGUCAUCACGCCGGAGCUGACUGACCUGAGCGACGUUUCGCCCCGAAUCACCAAAGAGUGCGAGGACAUGAAGCUCUACCGGCUGGAGAAACUCGUCUCCGGGGUUUACAAGCGGUCAGCCGACCUCCACGAGCACGCCAAGUUUGCCGAGUUCGGAGGCAACUACAUCUCGGUGAUUGACAUUCAAAACCUGGAGGAUAUUGCCAACUAGAGGUGCGGCACCAACAUCCUGUAAUAAUUGUAAUUUAUAAACUUACUACAAAACAAAAAAUCAGAAUCCAACUAGUUUGUACGUGAAGGGGAACAGAUGAAACCAAAUUGAUUCAAGAGAACAAAACCUAAUAAUGGGAGGGAUGAAACGAGAAUCGUAACAGAUUUUUUAAACAAAACCGGAGAGUCAACAAGCUCUCAGCAAGGAAUACCUUCAACCGAUGGUGCGAUAGAAAUAAUUAACCGAUCGUGCGGGUGAUUUGAGCGCAAAAGACAGUAUUGAAAACUCUACUAACAAUAGCAUAAAGCGCAUUCGGGAAAUCUAAAAUUGGCAUCCAGCAAACAGAUGAUGUGCAAAGAAACUUUUAACUUACAAGUAUGCUUACUAUUUUUUUCUGUUUUAAAGUAACAACGUCUAGUACACUCAAAACUAUGUGUCCGUUAAAAAAAAACCUUUUUUCGAUAGUUUUGCUAAAACUUUGUAUUAGAUUGCGGUGAAAAUGUGAUACAGUAGUCCCCGUUUUGGAUGGUUUUGUUCGUCCAAAGUAAAUCAUAGUGAGGAAAGCAACCUAAAUCUAUAGUGCAAACAUCUGCAACUAAGUUUCAACGAAUAAUAAACAAUACAGAGAAGAAAAAAGAAAAUUGUUACCCAUAAUAAAACAAAAACAAAAAGUGCGGGAAAUGUAUGUUAGUUAUAAAAAGAAAUCUUGAAUUCGUCAAUAUAUUUAAACAGUGUUUACCAGUUUUGUGCAACGGCAUUGUUUUGUGAGAAAAUUGUCCACGUUGAAGCAGUUUACCCGUGUUGUGUUGUUGUAAUUUGGUUUUCGCUUUAAACAGACACAGGUUUGGUUGAACAGUUAAAUAAAAUCACCUCGUUGUAAGUGUAAUACUUGUACAUUCAACUCGCUGCACAUACGCAUUGGCACACAGAGACACACAACAAACGCCACAGCAGGACAUGUGGCGAUUAAGAAACCAAUGAAUGUUGUGAGCCAUCACAAACAAUAAAAUGAAUUGCCGUUUACAUCAAAACAUUGAAAUAAAGUUUUAUUAGAAACCAA